AAUCUGGAGCUCUCCCCUCAGUGCAACACACACACACACACACACACACACACACACGCACACACACACACACACACACACACACACGCACACACAAACACGCACACUCAGCGACACACGCACAUUAGAGGAGGGGAGGGAGGGAUGAAGGAGAGGUGUGUGAAGGGCUGCAUCGUUCCUCCUGCCUGCACUUCGGAGAGAGCUACUCCCCCUCCUGAAGCAGCAGAGGCGUGCAGUCUUUCUCUCCGCAGAGUGAGGAGGACUACAGUCCGGACAGGGACACAAGCGAACGGGGUCACAAAAUAAAGUGCAGACCGCAAUGGGGACGAGCUGAACCGCAGAGAGAGGACAACGACCGCUUCAUUUUGCCCGAUUUUGUGAACACUAUGCGGGGAUAACGAACGACAGCACAUCAGACAGCGUUAACGGCCAACGGUGGGAAGUACCUGAGAAAUACCUGCAGUGACUCGGUGCGAGGUUAGCCACGACUCGGUGCAGACAGCAGUGACAUUGAAGGACUUAAGGGGGGCGGCUGAGAGACAGAGAGGGGUGUACGGGAGAAAGUUUCAGAAGCUUGGCUCACACUCCGCAGUUCAACAAUGCGGCUGACCCCGACAAAGUCCCUUCCAUCAGCAGCAGCAGUCCUGAUCCUGCUGCUGGUCCGCUGGUCCCACAGCAUUUCAUUGUCUCCCCAAGAGGCAAACCAAUUCCUGAACAGACACCGGAGAGCAAAUCAAGUUUUCGAGGAGACUAAGCAAGGACACUUGGAGAGGGAGUGUGUUGAGGAGAAGUGCAGCAAAGAGGAGGCGAGGGAAGUGUUUGAAAAUGACCCAGAAACGGACUACUUCUAUCCCAAGUAUUUGGCCUGCAUAGAGAAGUUUGGGAAUGCUGAAAAGAAGAAGCAGGAUCUGAUUACAUGUGUCCACAAUAUUCCAGACCAGUGCUCACCUUCCCCGUGUUACGCCAGAGGUACAGUGCGCUGCGAGGACAAAAAGGGCGACUUCUUGUGCCACUGUUUCACGGGCUGGACCGGGGCCACGUGUGAGACAGAUGUCGACGAGUGCAGCAAGGAAAACGGAGGGUGUGACCACGAGUGCAACAACACCAUGGGCAGUUACCGUUGCUCCUGUCGCCAGGGCUACAUGUUGGUGGGACGCCACAUGUGUGACGAUGUGGACGAGUGUGAGGACCCGAGCGUGUGCGGAACUGCGCACUGUGAGAACAACGAGGGCGGCUACGAUUGCCUGUGCGAUGUCGGCUAUGCCUACGACAACGAAACCAAAAGCUGUGUCGAUGUGGAUGAGUGUGAGUCAGGUGUGUGUGCAGAGGAAUGUCUGAACACUCCAGGGAGUUUCCGUUGCUUCUGUGAUGGUCGUCAGGCCAUGAAGUUGGGCCAGGACCUCAGGAGCUGUAAGCCUCUGACUCCCUGCAUGACACCGUCUCUGAAGAGGAACUCACGCUCCCUGUAUCUCGGUCGCAUGUUCAGCGGUGUGCCAGUGGUGAGGCUGCGUUACCGCCGCAAGAUUCAGACUGGCUUUUCAGCAGAGUUUGACUUCCGCACCUACGACCACGAGGGGGUGAUCUUCUUCGCUGGAGGUCACCUUAACAGCUCCUGGAUUGUGCUGGCAAUGCAUCAUGGGAAGUUAGAGCUGCAGUUGAAGUACGGUACAGUCAGCAGGGUCACCAGCAGCGGGCCUCUCGUCAAUGACGGACAGUGGAGAAAGAUUUCGGUGGAGGAGCAGGGGCGGAGCCUGGUGAUUAAGAUCGACAGAGAGGCCGUGAUGAAGAUUGCAGUAAACGGUGAUCUGUUCACUCUAAAGAAGGGGAUGCAUGAGCUCAACCUCACCGUGGGAGGAGUCCCUUUCAAGGAGGACGGCCUCGUCAAUCAGGUGAACCCACGUCUCGACGGCUGCAUGAAGGAGUGGAAGUGGUUGACGGGUGAAGAUACAUCCAUACAGGAAACCAUUCGCUCCAACGACAACAUGCAGUGUUUCAGCAUGGAGGCUCCUGGAGCGUAUUACCCUGGCACAGGCUUUGCUCUCUUCAACAUCAGCUACGAAUCACAGAAUCUGAGUGUCCAGUUUAUCCUGCGUCCAACCUCCGCAAUGGGAGUGCUGUUUGCACUCGUUUACCAGGACAGAGUCCCUCUCUCCAUCGCUUUGGCAGACUAUAAUCCCAAUACAGAUGAAUGGAGAGAUUUCAUUUUGGUGUCUGUAGAUGAUGUCAUCAUUGCCAGUGCACCUGCGCCCCUCUGUGAUGGUGAGAGUCAUGAAAUCAAGGUGACCGUCUCAAGUAACCAAACCAUGCUGCUGGUUGACGGCCUGCCUGGACGAAGCGAAGAUGCUGAAGUUCCUGUUGAGCUCUUGUCACAGUCCAGCACCUUUAUAGGAGGCAUACCUGAUGUUCCUCUGGUGUCCACACUGGUGUCGGCCUUUUACAGUGGCUGUAUGGAGGUCAGUGUCAACGGACGGUCCCUGGACUUGGACCAGGCCAUCCACAAACACAAUGACAUCCGCUCACACUCCUGCCCCCUGCUGGACUCUCUGCAGUGACAGCAAUCAGUCUGCCAAAACUGAUCCAUUAGCAGUUCAUUGAGGCAAUGGGGAUAAUUUCCAACAUAUUUCUGAAAGCUUGACCAGGGAGGACAUGUUUUAGAUUGGGAUUUUUUUUAAAAUAGAGCUGGACCUGGUAUCGUGGUGCAGCUGGAGCCUUAGCCCAGGACCCUGUCUUUGUACUGAGAUGAUACUGCUGCCGAGAGGCAUAUAGCAGGGAAUUUCACCGUACUGUAAAUCAUCCAAUGACCAACACCUCUGCUAGGCAGAAGAUAUGGGAAUAAAUGCUGCUCAACAUUGCCUCAAAAACUGCCCAUGUAUCACAGCCUUGUUAGCCCAUAAGAACACACAGGGCCUUAUCAAGAUCAGUGUCAAUGUGUGUUGGUCUUUAGUCAGCCUAUUAAACAUCCGGUAUCCUGUGCUUAAAUGCAGAUCUGACUGGAGGUGUAUAUGCAAAGCUGCAUUCUUGCUGCUUCCAUCCAGCUCACCUUCAGUAUGGCCAUGCUCACAAAGCUUGAAAUAAUCAAGUGCUUAUAUUGAAUCCUGUAAAUGACUUAAAAGGGACCAGAAAGGUAGCCUGACAUCAGCUACUCUACAUAGAGAAAUUGUGGGAACAUGAGCUCAGAUCUUCUUGAGUACUGACUUAAGGGUUGGCUUAAGAUUUUAGCAAUAUUAUUUUUCCCUAAUAAGCUGAAUCCUCUCCUUAUCUGUAGCAGGGAGGCGUGGUAUCAGACACAGCUUUGUGUUCUGGAAAAUUAAAAAACUUGCACAUUGUUGCAGGAAGAAAUGGACUGCGUGAGAAGACAAUUUUUCAAUUAUUGAUGUCCUUUUGAUUUAAGCAGCACUCCAUGUCUGCCUGCAACUGUAAAACUGAACCAUGUGCCUCCAAAGAACAACAAACCCAAACUUAAUACAGCUUCCCUUCAAACAGGUGAACCAUUUCACAAAGGUGCAGUACUGUAACACACAAACCCAGCUAACGCUUGCCCCAAUAAAACCUUGUACUCGCUGCAGCAAGCACACUAUGCAUUCAUCUGUGUAGUAUAACAAUCUUGUGAACAACUGACUGUCACCCUGAUUCUAAAUAAUCUUUCAUCACUAAUCUCGUCACAAAAAGCCCCUUCUUCCCCUCAGAAUCACAGACUCACAGAUAAAAACCUGCCACAAAGCAAUCUGAUCAAUAAGCCACAGAAGCACAGGGACAACGGGAAGGGGCCCUCUCCACGAAGGAGAGACAGUGAGCACUGCAUCAAACGCACCACACAAGCUACUGAGAGUAAAAGAGUGCGCUGUAAUAUACUGAAUAUGUAAAUAACGUGACUGUACAAUGCUUUGUAGAAGACAGAAAACAAACACUACCUUAUGCUCAUCGAGGUUUCUGCACAUUUUAAGUUUAUCCAAAGUCAAACCGGAGUCUCUCAACUUCAUCUGCUUCUUUGAAAAAAGAUUGAGCGCCAAACUCAUGAUUGUUAUACUGAAAUGGAAAUUAUGAAACUGUGAGAGCAAUUUCCAGGUAUCAAAAUAACAACCUUUUAAUGACUCAGUUUAUAAUUUGAUUUAUAGGUGCUAAGCAAAAUCAAAACAAUAAAAACAAAGAAUGUCGAGGAGCAUUGUGAUUGAGAAUGCCAAAGGGCUCCAGUGUUACUUUACUUCCCUCUGUUGUGUAUCGUUUCUAACUUUCUGAUGAAUGAAUGCCAGAAUAUAGAGCUUGACGAGUUAUUGUUUGUUUUUAUUAUGUGUUGUAUAUUGAACUGUAGUUUUUAUUUUUCACUUUAACUGCCAGUACAUGUAGACUGCUGAGAGAAGUCUGCCUUUGAGUUUCAACUUCUCUCAGCAGUGAGAAUCCUAUUUAAGAACAAAAAUAAAAGCAGUUGUAUGAACAUCAUAGAGUAAAAAUGUAUUUUCAAAAAGAAUGCUUUUGUAUGCUGUGUGGUUAUAUGUUAAAGAUAAACUUCAUGAGUGUUGCUCCA